AUGUAUCUUAGCACAUUUUUCGACGAUAAUUUGAAAUGUUUGAGAGGAAAACUAGGAAAUCUUUCGGAUAAUCAGAUAUGGGAAAUGGUUACGCCGAUUAUUAAUCAAUGCAGUAUUCGAAAGGUUUUAGCAUUGAAACCGAUUCACAAUCAAGACGAAAUUAAAUUCUUUUGGAGUCCAAAAGAAUCGCGUAGAAUGACACCGUGUGUUGUUGUUACUUUGGGAGUUGGAAAAGAUGUUUCUGUGGAAUCGGAAAUUAAAAAGCAAAUACCCGAUUGCACUUUUAUCGGUGCCGAUCCAAUGGGAGAUGACAAUAGACCACUUUAUGAGCCGAUUGGCGAAUUUUACAAUUUUGCUGUUGGCGCAAAAAGCGGAAACGAUAUCGCCAGUGUUUUAACAGAUAAACAUUGA